CAACAGCAUCUUUUGUUUACUCUACCAGCAUGCAGAUACACAAGAACAUCCCCUACGCCGUGAACGCCGUCACCCGGCAGGACCUGAACCUGUACAUCCUGGACACUGCAGCAGCAGGCAAGAGGCUGCCGCUGGUGAUUUUCGUGCACGGCGGCGGCUGGCGCGCGCACGACAAGAGCGACUUUGUCAAUCUCUGCCAGAGCCUGGUCGCCUUGUCCAGCAAUACGGUGGCGGUGGCCGCGCUGAACUACCGGCUCAGCGUCCAGGACAACCUGUCAACCAAGCACCCGAUGCAUAUCAACGACGUGAUUGCCGGCGUGUGCUUCCUCCUGACCGGAACGUACCCGGACCAUGCGUCGAGGUUUGCCAGCCAGCUGGUGCACUCGAGGUAUGAGGAUGUCCCGCUGGUGGUGCGCGAUAUGGGCACGCACUUUGACAAGCUGGAGAACCCAAGGCUCUGACAGGCCAUCGUCAAGCACCUCCUUCCGUAAACUCGCUUUCAUAGAGCCCGC